CCGAGGCAAGAUGGUGGACACACAACACUGACACACCAGAGCCGAGUGAGGAGCCGCUUGAUACACCACAACACCCCAGCAACACCGUCGGCUCCAAGACGAUACAAAAUGCGGCUGUUGGCGUUAGUGUUGGCAGUGUGGGUGGGUGGCUCAGCUGGGCAAACCAAUUAUUAUCCAAGUGCUCCUCUCCGUCCAAUCGCACCCUUCGGUUUUCCCUCACAAGAGAGAAUAGUCAGCCAGGGUAGGAUCACCACGGGAGGAGGAUCUGUUGCCCUUCCCCCCUCGACCUCCUUCUCUUCCUCCUCCUCCUCCUCCUUCGCCUCCUCCUUCUCCUCCUCCUCCAAGAACCCCUGCCACCCUUCACCCUGCGGGGAAAACACGCGGUGUGAAGUGAGCAAGAAGAAUGUCGCUCUCUGCCGCUGUAUUGACGGCUACGUGCCCAUGGGAAACACUAUUAAUGGAUGCAGGCCGCAGUGUGAAAGAGACGACGAGUGCCCAGACGACUACAGAUGCCAAGGGCGGAAGUGCGUGCGCGUGUGCGUGACCGGUGCCUGUGCCCACAAUGCUGAGUGCAGGGCUCGGAACCACAGAGCUAUUUGUGAGUGCCCCGCCAACUACAGAGGAAACGGCGAGAUCUCCUGCCUCCCCGAAGAACACGUUGAGGAGCGCGCGCCCCCUGCUCCCCCACUCAACCCUUGCUACGAUGAGCCUUGUGGAUUCAACGCUGACUGCAGGAAUGACAAUGGCCGCCCAGUGUGCUCCUGCCCCUUCGGUUAUGAGGGAGAUCCACUCACGCGAUGCACCAAGGGAGAGUGCAUUGAACACGACGACUGCCCUCACUACCAGGUGUGCCAGGGCCUCAAGUGUGUGAACCCCUGCACCAGUGGCAUGUGUGGUGUGAACGCUGAUUGCCGUGUCAAGGAUCACCAGCCAGUCUGCUCCUGUCCCGAUGGUUAUGUUGGUGAUGCCCUUUCCCACUGCCGCAGGUUCCAUUCAGAUGAGCUGUGCAACCCAAGCCCCUGCGGUGCACAUACCAACUGCAAGGUGAGAAACGAGCGGCCAGUGUGUUCCUGCAUCACUAACUACAUCGGCAACCCUCUGACUGGCUGCAGACCCGAAUGCGUCAGCGAUUCCGAAUGCCCACACAACAUGGCCUGCAGGAACAACAUCUGCGUGAACCCUUGCCGCGAUGCCUGUGGAGAGAAUGCUUACUGUGAUGUGAGGAACCAGCGCGCUGUCUGUCGAUGCCCUGAGAACUACCUUGGUGAUCCCAACAGCAGGUGCUAUACAGAGUGCACGGAACACAACCACUGCAACUCUAACCAGGCGUGCAAGGACUACCGCUGCAUCGACCCCUGCGUUGGCACGUGCGGUGAUGGCGCCAACUGCAAGACCACCAACAACCAGCCCGUCUGCUCCUGCCCCAGAAGCCACACUGGUGAUCCCUUCAAGCACUGCAGACCCUUCGGACCCGAGGACUACUGCAACCCGAACCCUUGCGGUCUGAACGCCAACUGCAACCCAGGCACUGACAGAUCCGGCGACACAAGAGCAGUGUGCACCUGUCCCAAAUACUACGUCGGCAACCCUCUCAUCGAGUGCAAGCAGGGAGAGUGCCAGACCAACGAUGACUGCCGCUCCAACACCGCCUGCUACAACUACAUGUGCAGGACCCCUUGCUACACUCUGGAUGGCGACAGCGUGUGUGGUGAGAAGGCAGAAUGCAACGUCAAGAAUCACAUGCCAGUCUGCUCUUGCCCCAGUGGAUACUCAGGCAACCCUCUCGAGUACUGCUUCAUCCCUGACUACGAUGACAGGAGACGCACCUCAAGCUCCUUCGUCCUUGGCAGGUCCUACUAAGUUGCUAGGAUACCCAAAGGAUGCCACGAUACCAGGAUACGAGGAUUGUAGGAUGCCAGCAGGAUGUGGUGGUGGUAGUGAUGGUGGAGCGAUGGUGACUUGUGAUUGUGGUGGUGACGACUUGGUGAUGUGUGUGUGUAUGUAUGUAUGUAUGUACACACAAACAGUAAAGGAAAUGGAUGUUUGUACAAUUUUGCAGUGUCAUAAUUUGCGAAGAAAAAGAUUUAAAAGAGAAAAGAUACCUGGAAAAAGAAAGAAAAAAAAAGGGAAAAGUGGAGAUGAGAAAGGAGAAACAAAAUAAAAGAAGAAAAAAAAAAAAGAUCACCAAAAAGAUAAAAAGAUAGAAAGAUAAAGCCUUCCACGACCAAUCGAUCAGUAACAAAUAAAGACAAACAAACAAACAAACGAACAGCUGCUCCAUCAACACACACGCACACACGCACGCACAAAGAAAAAAAAAUUAAAAUUGAACCACGCCCAUCCAACUGGCAUCCAAUACUCCUCUUAAUGGGCGGCGUGGGCGUGUGGGCGUGGAGGAGGAGGAGGAGGAAAAAGAGGAGGAGGAAGAGGAGGAAAGAGUAUCCGAUUCUUCACUCACUCUAACAGUCUAUAUUUCUCACGCCCAUGCCACGCCCAUACUCAAACCCACGCCGCCCACUUCCUGAAGCCCUGUCACUCGCAUCUGCAAGCUUCACUGCGCCAUACGAUUUGAAACACCAACGCUUCACAAUCCGAUCGACUGCGACUCUUCAAAGCUUCGAAACAAUGAAUCAGAAACACAGGAUUUCAAAUUAGGUCAAAAUCUUCACAUUUGAUUUAUUUUUCGUUUCUUUUUUAUCAUCAGUGACUUUUUUUUUUUUAUUAUUAUUGUUACUAUUGGUUGACUUACACGAUUACUUCUAUUAUUAUUGCUAUUAUUAUUAUUGUUUUUUUUUUUAUCAUACACUGGUAAACCUUCACUAAUUGGUCUCUUUAUCCGAUUCAUUUUGAAAGUUGCAAUGUUUGUGUUUCUUCAUUACAAUUAAUAUUAUUUUUCCUUCCACAAAACUAGACCGUCUUAGUUGGGUUUUUUUUUUUUUUCAUUUUUCUUCGCUAAUUUCCAAAGCGGUGUUUGAUCUGAGAGGGAGUCCCAGUUAGUGUUUUUUUUUUUUCGUUUUUUUUUUUUUUUCUUCUUUUUAACUGCCCCCCUUUAGCACCUCCCGUUUUCUAAGCCUUGUCCUGCGUAGGUUUCGUGUAGGGUUACUUACUUACACACACACACACACACACACACACAGUCCUUAUUCAUGUAGGAGUCCUUAAGUAAACCUCAUUGUUGUUAUAAUUACCCUCUAUAGUCCUAUCACCAUGAAUCCUUUACAAACGCCAUAGAAAAACAUUGAAAAAGAAACCUAGAGUAUUACAUCAUCCUAUUUGAAGACUCCUACGCUAAAUCCUACAAAAAAUAGUAUUGGAUCCCUUUAAAAAGUUUUCUACGGUACUCGACCCCAAGUAAAGAGAAUUCGAUCCCACAAAUAAGGACUUGUACAAACAGACCAAAAUACAGAAAGCGUGUAGGAUCCCAAAGUCCUUCCCUUGUUGCAUGUCGCGUUGGAUUAACUCCCACAGAUCUUAGAGGUUAGCCGGUUCUGAUCCUGUCAUAGCGGUUCUAAUCCUGCUGCUGUAGCGUGUUGCGGGCGUCUCUCAGCUUUCCUAGUCAGCCCUCUAACGCUCCCUCACAGACUCCCUCGCCAGGUCAGCGCCAGACGGUCUAGUCCCAGCACUAUAUUCCUAUCAGCACCUGUAGGCUUAUUUCAUGAUUCUUGUUAUUUUUUUCUGUUUUCCGGGGAUGCAUAACCCAGGUUUGGAAGGCUGUCUCUUCGAUGAGCUCCACUGAAGCUUUGAGGCCUCGUGAAGCACUGGUUCGAAGCACAUUCACUGAUACGGAACCUAAACUUUACCUCCUCUGGUUCUAUUUAUUUCGGAAUGUGUGUUAAUUUGGUUAUUGUUGAAAUAUGUGUCAAUUUAAAAGGUGUUUGUUGAUUAUUUGCUUUUCCGUAACUAUUUUUGAACCUUUCCAUGAUAUAUCUUCAUCCCAAAUUUGCUUCAGUGUAUCGAAAGUCAAAAAAAACACACUAAGCCAGAUUACUCAUUCCCAUCCGUCACAAUUCUCUACUCGUUCAUUAAUUAAUUGCUUUCCUAUAACUAUAUUUUCAACUUUCCCAUCAAUGCUUAAUCCAAAAAUUCCUUCAGUGUAUCAAAAACCCAAAAAAACACAAUGAACCAGAUUAUUUACUCCAAUCCGUCACAUUUGUUCACGUACAUCCAUAAAUAAAACACUCCCGCUCUCCAAUCCCCGUGUCGUGUCUCAGUGCUUCGAACCGUCUGUCUCGAACACCACUGUGAACCGCCCCAAGGCUUCACGAACACGUGUCACGGAGCUCUUCGGACCGGGCCUUCGCUUCAUAACUGUCCUUUGCCUCGUGCAGUUAAGAGUCCACAAGUCAUGCCAUCUUUCGCACCUCCAAUGUCUCUAGCUGGGUUUGUUUUAUUUACCGAGGCCUUUAAUCCUUCUAAUAUGAGUAUCUGUGUUUAUCCUUCUUCUUCUUCUUCUUCUUCUUCUUCGUCUCUUCCAGUUUAUUUCAGGUGUCUUCUUCCAUUUUCUCUUUCCAGCAUCUCUAUUUGCAUGUUUUAUUAAGCUUUCUCUUUUCUUUUCCUUUUUUUCGUCUCUUCAUCUCUUCUAAUUAUUCCAAAUGCAUGUAUUUCUUUGUUUAUUCAGUCUUUUCCUCAUUACUUCUCUUUAUCAUCUCUUCUAGUUACCCCAAAUGCAUGUAUUUUUUUUUUUCCACUUUCCUUCUUCUUUGCCUCUUCACAUUUUCUAUUUUAUUCCACCUAUCUCCAUUUUUCUUUCCAUUAUCAGGUCAUUCAUUCAAUUCAAAUUCCUUCCCUAUAUCACAAUCUUGUCACGUGAGUCUCAGUCUACUUUCAUAUCACCAGUCUCAACUUAGCGUCAACAGAAAACGAGACGCAAGGUGACAUGACUUCAGGCCUCUACUGUGCAUACGUGUGGGUUGCCUACUUAACUGUUACUAAUUGUCCUGUUUCUCCUAGUAGUGUAAUAGUACUUUUAUUACUAUUAACAGGUGAUAUUAUUAUUAUUAUUAUUAUUAUUAUUAUUAUUUUCAUUUUUUUCUAUUUUCUUUUUUAAAGGGGGGUCUGUUCCUUUACUUUUCUUUGUUUUUUUUUCUUCUUUUUUUAUGGAGUAGUUUGUAGUUGUGACAAUAACAGCAGUUGUGAUGUUAAUAAUAAUAAUACAAUAGUCUUAAUAAAAAACUAUAAAAGGUAAAAA